UCUGCUCAAAUGUUCCCCCCAGCAGGGCCAGUGAGGAUCCAGACUGCUGGGUGGCAGGGACAGGGGGGAGAGGGGCUUUUCUCCAUGGCCACCUGGAAAGCCAUGUAAGACAUUUUCGACACAGCCAUAGAAAAUCACCCAACAAUAAUCCGGUUCAUUCUUCUCCUCUUUUAUUUGCAACUUUACAAAUGAACCUUUUUGAAGUGGAGAAGAGCCAUCACAAGUUCCUGACAGUUGGCAACGAAAUCUUCAUGGCGACGAUCAGAAAUCUACAAAGCAGAAGAGGUCCACUCAAGUUGAGCACUCUGGAUAUCUCCAGGAAGUUUUGAUGUCAGCUGAGGGUGAAGUGGGUCUGACGCGGGUUUUAAUCUUUAGCCGUGCUACAGGCUCCAAAGCUUUGGGUGUGUGUCUGAGCCGAGAUGAGUGGCGGUCGCUUCGAGUUUGAUGACGGCGGCGCGUACUGUGGAGGAUGGGAGGGCGGCAAGGCGCAUGGCCACGGCAUCUGCACCGGCCCGAAGGGUCAGGGCGAGUUCUCCGGGUCCUGGAACUAUGGCUUCGAGGUAGUGGGGGUCUACACCUGGCCCAGUGGGAACACUUACGAGGGCUACUGGUCUCAGGGCAAGCGUCACGGCCUCGGGGUGGAAACCAAAGGGCACUGGAUUUAUAGAGGCGAAUGGACACACGGCUUUAAGGGGAGGUAUGGCAUCCGAGUCAGUGUUGGCAGUGGGGCAAAAUAUGAGGGGACAUGGAACAAUGGCCUCCAGGACGGCUAUGGAACUGAAACCUACGCAGAUGGAGGUACUUUCCAGGGUCAGUUCACUGGUGGGAUGCGGCAUGGCUAUGGAGUACGGCAGAGUGUCCCCUACGGCAUGGCAGCAGUCGUUCGCUCCCCUCUCCGUACUUCCUUGACCUCCCUACGAAGCGAGCACAGCAAUGGCACAGUCCUCCAGCAAGACAUCCCUGUCAUCACCACCACCAGUGCUUCCGAUGAGGAGACACCUGUCGCCAAUACUGCCCAGCUAGGACCAUCCCGGGGAGGCUUUGCCCUCACUCUCCAGGUGGACCCAGAAGCAGUGAGACCCAAGAAGAAAGGUCUGUUUCAAAGGAGCGCUCUGUUGGGAAAACUGAAGAAAUCCAACUCAAGUACUUCGCUAUCAAGUCAGAAGAGCAAGAUCAGCUUCCUGAGGACAGAAUCGGCUUUGAGCUCCAAUGUCAGCGACACCAACUCUACCAUUAGUAUGGGGGACGAGAGUCUGGCCGGAGCAGACGACUUCCCUCCGGUGGAGGCAGACAUCGAUGCCACCACCACAGAGGUCUACAUGGGCGAAUGGAAAAACGACAAGCGCUCAGGAUAUGGUAUAAGCGAAAGAUCUAGCGGCCUCAAGUAUGAAGGCGAAUGGCUGAACAACCAGAGACAUGGCUACGGCUGUACCACCUUUGCAGAGGGCGGGAAAGAAGAGGGCAAGUACAUGAACAACAUGCUGGUGAAGGCUGUGAAGAAGAGAGUGAUCCAACUGAAGGGAACCAAGAUCAAGCACAAGGUGGAGCGAGCUGUCGAAGGCGCUCAGAGGGCUGCUGCCAUCGCCAAGCAGAAAGGAGAGAUUGCUGCUUCGAGGUCCACCCAUGCCAAGGCCAAGUCAGAAGGAGCCGACCAGGCCGCUCAAGCCUCCAACAGCGAAUCCAGCAUUGCCAGACUGGUGGCCAAAGAGCUCUCACCUUCCUUUUACCAGCCAGGUCCAGAGUACCUGAAAAAGAAAGCUAUGCAGGAGGUCGCAGAGGGAAGUGAGAACACAGAUCCCGCCGUGCACGAGCCACUGUUGGCUGAGGAGGAGCCAGUGCCCACACCACCUGAAAGCCCUCUUAUUAACGAACUAGACCGCUUAAUGCCUGACUCCUCCCCAGGAAGAACCCCCUCCCCAAGUCCAGGCAUUGCCAUCAAGGACGAAACUAACCUUCUAAGUCCUGGCAGUUGGAAUGAGGACAGAGCCAGCAGAGGCAGUGGCAGUAAAGGUAGCAGUAAACCCAACAGCAGGCCCAGUAGUCGUCCCACUACACCUUCAAGUUCUGUUCCUGCUUCCAACGCACCGGAGGCGGGUAGCGGGCGCAGUCUUACUCGGACACCGAGUCGCCACAGCAGCAAGAACGAGCAGGGAUCCGAUCUGGAGAUCAAACCAUUGCAGAAAUUUGAUGCAGAGAUAAAAACUUCAGAGGCCACGUCCCAAUCUAAAAGGAACAGCUUUGUCUCCACGGACGAGGAAGAAAAGCUUCGUUUUAGCCCAAUAGUAACCCGCAGAGUUGCCACCCAGUACUCCAAAGACAAUGAUCUCAAGCCUGAAAGAACUCCAGCAGUCCAUGAUCGAGAGCAAUCCUUGGAGAGGAACAGGCCCUCUAGCAAAACAGAGGCAAAACCAAAACGACAACCCAGCCCAACGCCAUCCCCAAAUUCUGUACCCAAACCUGAACCCAAGACAGUACCCAAGCCUGUUGAAGUCAAAAGCAACAACACUAAACCUGCUUUGAAAGUGGAUCCCAAAACAGAGGCCCGACUGAAGGCCACAGUGUGGAGUUCAAAUAACGAAGUGACUGCAGAAUCUUUGGAGCAGGAGAGCCCCAACACAAUCAUGAUCUGCAUGGUAAUCCUGCUCAACAUCGGCUUGGCUAUUCUUUUUGUGCACAUUUUGUCAUGAGACCUGUGUCACCGCCUCAGCUGCAGGUCACCAUCAGAAUUGGAAUGAGUUGGUUUGCCUCCACCACCGUUUGGACUAAAACUCCAACAGAAGCCUGGGUGUGUUCGGAAGCCUUGUGCUGACACAAAGCAGUUCUUCUCAACGUCUCUAACAAUGUGACGGUCAGUCAAGCUGCUGUCUCCAGACAACUGAAAAGCUGAAGGACACCGAUUAGCUGAAAUGGCUCAGUAUGAAGUUGCUGUACUAAAGUGGGGGAGGGCAAGAUGGUUUCGUGUCUUGGUGCUUCUACUGGAGAAGCACUGGAUGCUAGGAAGAAGUCUAUAUACAACUUGGAAUGUCAGUGUGUCAACAUUUUUGCACAAAACCUUUCAAUAAAUCAUUCAGUACUACCAAAGCUUGCCCUCACAACACCAGAUCUGCCGGUUUAACUUAUCACAGUAUAUGUUGUAUUUGAAACUGACAUAAUUAUUUUGUUAGAACGUUCCUGUCACUGUGCUAAGCCCCCAACAUGUUCUCAUUCUCAAAUUUUCCAAUACAGCAGCUCAACCUGGUGCUCUUCAAUUUGAAUUGGAGUGUCAUCGUGCAUAUUGUCUUGGACAACACACAAACAAAAACAGCCUUUAAAGAAGAUGAGGAUUUUUAAAUAACGUUGAAUAAAUCCCACAUCUAUCUAAGAGCUGAAUUAAGUCCAGUCUCUGUUCUAGAGAGUAACAGGUUGACACAUUGUUCUGCCGUAUUUGAUGCCUGGGAAUGAGAUUGUGCUUCAUAUGCUGCAAAGACAAAUGCAAUAUUUACUUGAAAUGAUUGUUUCAGUGAUUAGCAAUGUAAAAAAUAUGUUGAUUAGCUAGUAGUUGGAGAUGCAAAAUUUCUAUAGCUGUCUGACAAAAAUGAUCUCCUGAAAUGAGACCUAACAGAAUAGAAACAAUUUUUGGUUGCAUUUAAGCUUUUGCAUCCUAGAAACAUAUCUGCAUUUGGCAGUGGUAUUAAACACUGUGAAGUGUGAUGUUUUCACUGCGCAUUUGUUGUCAUUCUGCCGCAUCGGAGUUGAUCAACCAAUAAGGGAAAACAAAUAGGAAGCUUAUCAGUGUUUGUGCUGAUUCUGUUCUGUAUGUGCCUGAGGUGUGAUGUUUUAAGAGGUUUUGAUUAAAGUAAGUUUAGUGGGAGACCAGAAAGAAGAAAAUGGAUACAAUGAGUUUACCGAGAACAAUCACUGCAUCUUGUUUGCCUGCGAGCGUGUAAGUAUUCAAUGUUUCUUACAUGGACAAAAAAGAAAAAUCUGUUCCGCUGUUCUAAAUCCAGUAGUGCCUGAUGUGUUUUGAAGCCAAAUGAGUUCAUAUUUUGUAAGCAUGAGAACACUUUGUAUUUAUGUGCCAGAUUUAAACAUAAUACUACUUGAACAUUUGGCAUACAUUUGUAGAAGAUGAUACCUUACCUAUUUCCCAAAGAACUCAGAUUACCUCAUAUGUGUGAGCUGUAGAAUAUUUAUCUCAACUCCAUGUCUUACAUUAAAGGGGAACUGCACUUGUUGGGGAUUUUUUUUCCAUCAUCCGCAAUCCAUAUCUGUGACAAGAACACAGGUCUUGCACUUUUCUGUGCAAUAUAAAUGGUAAUAAAUUGUUAGCACGAGGUGGCUAACAAUGCAGGUGAUGGAGACUCACCUAUCCCACCUAUAAAGCCCUCAAAAAAAAUAUACUAUUUAAUUUCAUACUGUAUACAUGCUGUGAGUAUGUGUGUACGUAUUAGCAGGCACAUUAUUGACAACAUGUAAUAAAUAUUUUAGUAGUACGGAAACGUAUUUAUUAGGCACAUUGAUUUCACUGAGUGCAUGGCAAUUUCACACUACUUCUGUCAACAUCAGAGUAAAUUGUGUGUUCGCUAUACAUUGCAGACAUACAGAGAGCCACUAAAGACUACUUUGGGAAAAAUAAUCCAGCUAUAGUGAGUGAAACACUAAAAGGUGAUCACAGAUUGAGCGACUGGGACUCCGCAAAGAAAGUCAGCAGUCAUCAGAGCUUCCAUAAUCAUGCACACUGUCGCUUUGUAGUUAUGUGUGCCAUUUCCAUGAAAACUACUAAACAUACAAUUGAAGCGCAAUGUUUACAUUUUUACAAGUACAACCCAUUUACCAUUUACCAUUUUAUGUCAUAGUGCCCUACAAAGAUGAUGAGGAUGUGAGUAUGCUCUACCUGCUGGCUUUGAAGAACAAAAAAUAAAAAGAUGGUGGUAUGUACGGUGAUUAAAUGCCACAAGAGACGGCUGUCGCUACGGGAUGUGCCGAGCAAAGUGUUGUAGCCCGUUAUAGGCUGUCACACAAAUUGUCUCAGAGGUGAGUCACGGAAGACAUUUUUAUUCGUUCAUCGGCAUGAUUUAGAUUUUAUGGUAUGAUGUGGUGGAAAUGUGUGGAGUGCCAUCUCCGGGUUGGGGAGGAGACCCUGCCCCAAGUGGAGGAGUUAAAAAUGCAGACAAGUGUCACAGUAAUGUGGGUCAAUGCUGGUACUGUUGUUUUUUGUGUUCUGCAGUGCGCAGAGCACACAACACACAGUCGUAAAAAUACUUGCCCUCUUUCUUUAUCCUCUACUUGCAAUAAUCAAGUUCAGAAAAAAUGCUGACUGUAAUUGCACAAAAUCCAUGAAAUUGCCACAAAUGCCUCAAGACUGAAACCGAUUAGAAUGAAGGCCAUGUUUACUUCUGUAAACAUUGCAACAUGUGUGACAUCACAACGUCAUCUGCAUGGAGGUCAGAUUGUGUUCACAUUGGACAUCACAUUUUUUCUGUAAUGCAAACGACUACAGAAAAAGAUUGGAUUCGACCCAAAAAAUCUGAAUUGGACAUCCAACACUGCAGUGUGAAAGUAGCCUAAGUUGAGGACCAAUAUCCACUGCUUUAGUUGGUCUGAUUAAAGUUAAAGUUAAAGUACCAAUGAUUGUCUCACACACACUAGGUGUGGUGAAAUGUGUCCUCUACAUUCGACCCAUCCCCUUGUUCAACACCUGGGAGGUGAGGGGAGCAGUGUGCAGCAGCGGUGACCACGCUCGGGAAUCAUUUUGGUGAUUUAACCCCCCAUUCCAACACUUGAUGCUGAGUGCCAAGCAGGGAGGUAAUGGGUCACAUUUUUAUAGUCUUUGGUAUGACUCGGCUGGGGUUUGAACCUACGAUCUAUCGAUCUCAGGGCGGACACUCUAACCACAAGGCCACUGAGCAGGCAUUUUGGUAGCUUGUGGAAUAUCAAAGCUGACCAACUUCUCCACAAUCUUCCUCAUGCAGCCCAUGAUUUAUGACCUAGCAUAAACUUUUCCAAACUCAAAGGCGAUAAGAUAACCUCUCACUACUCGCCCGGGGAGAUGUGAGCAAGGCGCUAUGUCACUACGCCAUAAAAGUAGUUCCCCUUUGCUAGUACCUACAGUAACAAUGUAGCUAUAUAUUGGUUAAUAUGCAGGUCAACAUGUGUAAAUUGUAAAUUGUUGGCGCUCUUUUAAAAUGUUUUAGAGGGUUUUACAGGCAGAAUAAGUGAAUCUUACUUGCAUUGUUAGCCGCCUUGUGCUAGAAGUUUUUCACUACUUAAAAGGUUUGGAAAAAGGAAAGACGUGAGUUCAUGUCUCACAUAAGGAUGGGUACAAUCCCCACCUCCCAAAAGUGCAGUUUUCCUAUAAGAGUGUUUAGCAUAUCUAAUCAUUUACCCAGCCAUAUAUGGGGUGUCAAUAAUUUGUUUGCUGUACAUUCAUAAAUUCCAAAACUGGUUCAAACAAAACUGCCCCAUGAUCUUUCAAUUGGAAUAUUUUAUUUUGUAGCCUGUCAAGAUAGUUUUUAGGACAGACAGCCAACAGAAGAACUUAAUGGUGAAUGACACCAAUCAAGUGUUAGUUGUAUGUAAAAAACCAUGGUAAUUUAAUAUUGAUCUGCCUGUUGCUAAGCAGCACUGUUUAAUUUAAAGACAUGCAUCUUGUGUCAUCAAAUCUGGCAACAUGAAAAAAAUGUAAUUAAAAUGUUACACUACC